CAAUCUCCGUGGCGCUGGGUAACUCUCACCGAUCCAUGCGGUCGACUCCUCAGGCACGACCGCAUUGAGUUGCAAGAAAUUGUAGAUCUGGAUAUACUUAGCCCGGACUCCCACACUCUCUUGAUCGAGGCCAUACUGUGUGAUGGAUUGACACACAAAUCGGGUUUGACAUCAAUAUUUUAUUAUUACUUUCGUUGCCCACGUUCGACUUGGCAUGAAGUUCCUGGAAUAACGUGAGAUGGGAAUCUGACACAUUUCCCGUUCACUCGGAAUAUGGUUAGCGAGGUUCGCAUUUCUGUUGAUGCUGGUGUCUCCCGCUACCGUGUUGCAUUGACCCUGAGCAGUCGCAUCAACGACGGCCGGAACGGCCUGGACAGUCGCCAAAGUCGCGUUUCAUCGUGCUGCAUAUAAAGGAGUCGUGGUCAGGAUACUUGAGAGCUUCGGCCUUCGGCUGGUUAGUCUAUCAAACGUCAAUCACCUAACCAUCAACUAUCAAGCCAAAGAACCAGGAUGUCGAGCUCGCUCCUCAAGUACUUCGCUUUUGCUGGUAUAGUGUUGGACUUGGUGACAGUGUCCAUUGCUUGUUCUGGUGACGAACACGGCCUUCAUGGUCAUUUACAUGACCGGAGAGCGUUCUCCACGGGUCCAAUCGCGCCGCCAACUAGGCCGCUUGUAUGGGGAGACGUGAAUGUCAUCCAUACGACGGAUACACAUGGAUGGCUACUGGGACAUCAGAAGGCUUCUGCUCCGGAGCCUAAUUACAGUGGAGACUUCGGCGACUUCGCGUCUUUUGUUACACAUAUGCAACAAAUUGCGCUUGAGAAGGAUGUUGACCUUCUUCUGGUUGACACUGGAGACUUGCAUGAUGGGACGGGACUCUCGGAUGGGUUUCCGCCUGGAGAUAUUGAUGGACACGAAUCGGACCAAUUCAUCAAGCAGUUACCAUACGACGUCCUAUCAAUAGGAAACCAUGAACUGAGCGACGGUUAUGCGGUUGCACUUGACAUGCACACCGAUUUUGCGCCAUUCUGGAAGGGACGCUACUUGACGUCGAACGUGAAUAUCACUGUGUUUGACGAGAACCAGAACCCGGUCAGCGUCCCAAUUGGAGAGCGCUUCGUUAAGUUUACGACGCGGAAGGGAAGGAAGGUCACGUCCCUCGGAGUCUUGUUCGACUUUACCGGUAAUGCCCCAAACACGACGGUCCAAAAGGUGGAAGAUAUGGUAAAUGAGCAAUGGUUCAAAGAUGCUAUUGCAGAUGAACCUGACUUCUUCCUACUCAUCGGCCAUAUGCCCGUCUCCCGUGACAACUGGCCGACCGUCUUCAACGCUGUCCGAGCCGUUCAUCCGGCUACGCCAAUAUUGAUCUUCGGUGGCCAUACACAUAUUCGGGAUUGCGUGCAACUUGAUGGACGGUCGAUGGCACUCGAAAGUGGACGUUACAUGGAGACGAUUGGAUGGAUGAGCGUAGACCUCGACGAAUCCAAUCGCAAUGGCACAAACAACCUAACUUUCACGAGGCGAUAUCUUGAUCAGAAUCGUGUUACGUAUGAGUUCCACUCGGGACAAAGUAACCAGACCUUUGAUACACAAGCAGGAGAAGCGAUCACUGCCGGAAUGAACCAGCUUGCCGAGAGAUUCGACCUUUCAUUCCAGUUUGGCACCGUACCACAUGAUUUCCUUUUGACGAGGGCACCGUUCCCCUCAAAUGAUUCCUUGCUCUCCUUGUUCAUUCAAGAGGCAGCUCCCGUUGCAUUGGCUAUCAACAACUCUCGCACAGGAAUCCCGAACGUCAUGAUAACUAACUCUGGUUCACAGCGUUUCGAUGUCUUGCAAGGCCCGUUUACAAAGAACGACCAAUUCACAGCUUCUCCAUUUGCUGAUUCGUUCCUGUUCAUCCCGAACGUACCAGCUGGCGUCGCGAAUCAAGUCCUCCCGGCAUUAAAUCAACAGGGUGCGCAGGAGAAACGCGCAAUACUCGAAGGCCGUGAAGAGGAAUUAUAUAGGCGAGGGUUCGUCGACGAGCGCUACUUUGCAUGGCUGAGGGAGAUGGCCGAAAGGGAGGGAGCACUUGAAAAAAGGGCGGCAGGAAACUUGACGUUGGGAUAUGUUACUUCGGAUGCGUGCCCAGGAGUUGGAGAUGAUGUGCCUCACACGCCACUUCCCUUCUUCUCCAUUCCGGACUUCAUCGGCUCCGUUCCACCAAACGUCACUGACGAUACGCCUAUUGAUCUUGUCUUUGUCGAUUUCAUCGAGUCGCAGCUUAUUGGAAUCCUGAACAUGGUGUCGAAUGCAACGACGUUUACAUCGGCGGAGGUACAGCCGUACAGUCCGAUCCUUGCGAAUCAGGUGUUAGGUGUCUUCGCACAAGCUGCAUGGAAUUGAGGUGUUGUCUCACGAUACUGAUGACAGAAAAGACACAUACGGUCUUGCACGGUAUGCCCGUGGGUGCGUGUUAAUGCUGUAGGAUAUGCAUUCCGUAAUAGCUUUUGAGCACAUGCAAUAUGAACUCAGAAUUUGCAACUCCUAUCCUGUCACAUUAUGUGGAACAUCAACGAGGGAAAUUGUCCUGGACGCGACACGAGUCAAAUGAUGAUGAAGCAAUUAUAUUGCACUAUCAUUCUUCGGCAUGCUUCGUCCCAGACUCCUGGUCAUCAUCCUUCUCCGAGGAAGAUUGAGGACUUUCAUCUUCCGACUUUCUAUCAUCCAUCCCCUCAAGGUGCUCUGUCUUGACCUGUUCAGCUUGAGCUAUUUCGGCUUUAUUCUGUCGUUUCCGAAGUCUCCUCCUUUUCUUCUUUUCCUCAGUUGGAGGGAGCGGACCUUGAAACGACAGAAAAUCACCAUCGCCUUGUCCCACAUGUUCUUUAAGUAAUGAGUUCAGGUUUACACGCGCGUUCUGUACGACAGAGGCACUGUGAACGAGGCGGGCAUAGUCAGAUGGACGAAUGGGUGAAGUAACUUGUGAGGGUACAUCCUUGUCAGUAUUAGGAUUUGGAGUUGGACUGGACUUGUAGAGUGCUUCGAGUCUUUUGCCAACGCGUUCCAGCGUUUCGGAUGAUGCGAGUCCAUUCAUGCUUGCUGCUACGAGGACACUUUUCCAAUUCAAUGGAGCCAGUCGACAACGUAAAAUAGGAUCAACCCGAGGAACAAGAGCAGAACAAGCGGAGAGCACAGCAGAAAGGUGUUCCGCUGUCGAUGCGGCAAGAGCUCGACUUCCAAUUUCAUCAAGUUCAUCUUCCUCGAAGUCCACAUCUGCUUCUGAAUCGGAAUGCUCAGGAGAGGUAGAGGCAGUAGAGGCAGUACGCCGCUGCUUAAGGACCUGAGACGCGAUGUAUUGUACUUCGUCCGCUAGACUCCAUUCGGGGAGAUAUACGUCGCCUGCGAGAAGAGGCCAGCGCGUCCAUUUGUCAGUCGCCGAACGUUUUCUCUUCUUCCCCGCGUGACGUACGGUUCUUCGAGUCUUGCCUUUGACUGUGUCUGAAUGCUCUCCGACCGAGCUGCUGUUUUCAUUUUCACUUAUCUGAGCACUCGAGGUAUCAUCUUUGACUGGUGCGGAACUAGGUGGAAGGCUCGUUGCUCUAUGCUGUUGAUCCUCUUCAUCUUCCAAAUCUGAUAGAUCUAAUUCGCUGUCUUCCUCCUGCACCUGACUGGACUGUGGAGGAAGUUGGGAGAGGUGCGCUGAGAGGUCAAGAGUAUGCUGAGUCCGUAAAGCGCGUAGAAGCGAUGCGUACUCCGUAAGUUCAC